UGAAUCUAAGGGAUAGAACAGAAUUCUGUAUUGUGUAAACGAGCUGAUGGACGAAGAUGAGAAGGACAGGGCAAAGAGGGCAUCACGCAACAAGUCAGAGAAGAAAAGAAGAGACCAGUUCAAUGUCCUCAUUAAGGAGUUAUGCACCAUGCUACAAGGCCACGGCCAUCCUCUCAAGAUGGACAAAUCCACCAUACUGCAGAGGACCAUUGACUUCCUACAGAAACAGAAAGAAAUCACAGCACAGACAGAGGCCUGUGAGAUUAGACAAGACUGGAAGCCUUCGUUUCUUAGCAAUGAGGAGUUCACCCAGUUGAUGUUAGAGGCAUUAGAUGGAUUUCUCAUUGCACUAACCACUGAUGGAAUUAUUAUUUAUGUAUCUGAUAGUGUCUCUUCUCUUCUUGGGCAUUUACCGUCAGAUUUGGUGGACCAAAAUAUAUUAAACUUUCUGCCUGAGCGUGAACAGAGCGAUGUAUACAAGCUGCUUUCCCCACACAUGCUUGUGACAAACCCCGUGGCAGCAGAUUUCCUAAACACUGAAAAGCAGAUAGAAUUUUGUUGUCAUUUAGCCCGAGGAAACUUAGAUCCAAAUGAACCCAUUACGUAUGAAUAUGUGAAAUUUGUAGUGGAUUUCAAAUAUUUUACUCAUGUGCCUACAUCCUCUUACAAUGGCUUUGAAUCUGCUAUUGCACGAGUGUUCCGGUCAGCCAAUGAAGAGCAGGUCUGCCUAGUAGCCACAGUCCGUCUUGUUACUCCACAGUUCUUAAAGGAACUUUGUAAUGUGGAAGAACCGUGUGAAGAAUUCACAUCAAGGCACAGUCUGGAAUGGAAGUUUUUGUUUCUAGACCACAGAGCCCCACCUAUUAUUGGUUACUUACCUUUCGAGGUGCUCGGGACUUCAGGUUAUGACUAUUACCAUGCUGAUGACUUGGAGAUUCUUGCUAGGUGCCAUGAACACUUGAUGCAGUUUGGAAAAGGAAAGUCUUGCUACUAUAGAUUCUUGACCAAGGGCCAGCAAUGGAUAUGGCUGCAAACGCACUAUUACAUCACAUACCAUCAAUGGAACUCCAAGCCUGAGUUUAUUGUCUGUACCCACACGGUAGUUAGUUAUGCGGAGGUUCGAGCUGAAAGAAGAAGAGAUCUUGGCCUUGAGGAGUCAUCCAUUGAACUAGCGUCUUCAUCUUUGAAGAGCCAUGGAAGUUUCAUUGAUAUCCGGCAGUGUGUAACCAAUAAAGAACCCAGCCGGGAGAGGGUGUCCGUGUCAUCUCAUAGUUCCCGCCGAUCCUCGCACACAGCACUCUCUGACUCUGCAUCCACGUCAUCCAUACGGCACACAGAUGCCAGCACCCCGACCAGACAGUCAUUGCCGAUGUCAGACAAGGCACCUCUGAGGCUGGCUUCAAGUAGCGGCACACAGGGUAUAAUAACCCCUCAAACGCCUGCUGAGCAUCUCACACAGCAUCACAUGGCGCAGCCCACAGUUCCCUCACAGCAAGCCGUUAUGCCCGUGUAUCACUUCCCAGCCCAGAUAGGGAUGAUGCAUCAGCUGAAGGAACAGCUGGAGGAGAGAACCCGCAUCUUGCAAGCCGACAUCAAGACACAGCAAGAGGAGCUGCAUGUCAUCAAAGAGCAACUUAUGCUAGUGCAAGACUCCAACCUGCAGAUGUUGAUGCAACAGCCAAUGCCUAUGGUCUUCAACAGUGUGCAACAACACCAGAACCCACGGAGGCCUUCUCAACAACCAGCAGCAACAGGGAGCAGGCAAGGGACCUCCAAGAAGUCUCAGCAGCAAGGCCUUAUGGGAGCCAAGCAGUACUGUGGCACGCCCUUGCCCUCGCCACGGCAAUUCCUCAGGGAACCUUGUGUCCCAUCAUCUCAGGUGCAGCAGCAGCAGCAGCAGCAGCAACAAAAGCAUGUCCUGAGAGGGAACCCUAUCCAGCAGGCUUGCUUGCCAAUGCAGAUGAGCAUUUCAAUGCCCCUCUACAAUAACCCCAUGGUGUUCUCUCAGGCACACCCUAUCACUGUGUCUACGCCGAUGCCAGCUGAAAUGACUGAGAGGCAGCAGCAGCCCGACUACAGCCAAGAUCGGACUCUACGGGUGUUGCUUGAUCAGCCUGUGCAGCCCUUGAUGUCCAGCACUAAUGGGAACAGCCAGUCUUCGCAAAGCAAUGCUGGCAGACAACAAGCCAAAUUUCCUCAAGAGCAGCAGGGCCUGCCUCCUGCAAUCCAGAUGCAGCCGAUCACAUGCACUACCGUCCGCGCCUCUGCCCCAGCCCCCGUGUUCACCCCCUCGGUGAUGAUUCCACACACCAACAUUACUGCACAGCCGAGCCAUCCUCCUGGCAGCCUCCACCAGUGGCAACCACAGCAAGUUCAACAACAUCACCUCUAUCUUCAGAUGCAAGGUGCUACUGAUACAGUCCAGGCAGGCCAAAACCAGCGCAUAUUCCAGCCCUCUCAUCUGCCACAGCAGAAUGCCACAUUGGGUUAUUUCCACCACCCACAGCCACAGAACCACCACCUGCAAGGCCAGCCUUGUGGCUUGCAAGACCUGUCUGAAAUGCAAAUGCCUUGAGGCUAAGGGCUGGGAAGACAGCAGUGGUAGGAGCACGCUCAAGAGGAGCACUGGCCGUGCUGAGCAGAGGGUGAAGGGAUGGAGGGCAAGUGGAGGAGAGCAGAUGCCUUCCCUAUACUCCUGGAGAGUGAGGUGCACACAAGAUGGACGGUGGCCAAGGCAGAUAAUGGCUUGGCAGGAACUGAGUACAGCAGUGGGAGCUCUUGCUCAACCAGUGUUUCAAAUGUGUUCAGUGUUGUUUUGUUUUAACCACCCAGCUGCACUGUUUCAGCAAAACAGGACCCAAGUGAAGUCUGGUGUUGGUAAUUGUUUAAAUGGCGUACUGCUGGAACACGGGUGCUAUACAUCCUGUGGGUGGAUGGUGAGAACGGAAGAAGAGUUUUUACAAAAGCAAACAGAGGCAGAAAGCAAAGUUGUGUAUGGAAGCUCUAAUUUGCCAGGGCAGGGUCCUAAGCAGACCUGAUUCUCCGCUUCCUAAGGGGGAAAAAAAAACACCACUUGAUUUGCCCAAGUAAGGAAAAUAAUUUCAGGAGAGAAGACUCCUUAAUGGAACCACUUGUGUAAAGCCAGAUAUAUAAAUAUAUAUGUGUUAUAUAUUUAUAAAGAAUACAGCAGGUGGAUUUCUAGCUGGUGGGUGUUAUUUUUGAUAAGUCGGGUUUAUGUGCUGAUGUGAUUGCAGAGAAGACUGCUUGGACAUGCACCUUUAAAAAAAAAUUGCUGAAAUUCACUGUGAAGCACUGGGAACACAGAAAUUAUAUAACUAUCAGCAGGCAACUGUUUAAAUUUUUUUAUAUUUUAGAGUGUGCGUGUAAGAAAAACCCCAAACAAUUCAUUUGGGUAGAGUAGUUCACACAUGGAUCCUCCAGUGAAUUGCCACUAACAGAAAAGUCAGGGAAUUUCCCCCAUUCCCCUCUCCUGCUUCUGACCUUCAAAUCCUCCCCCACCCAGACAGUCUCUGAGAGGUGGGGGGGGUCCCUUGGCCCCUGCAGGAACAGCAUUUCGGGGACCAUGUUGGAAUGCAGCAGCAAGGGGAGGCAAGAAAAUACUGUUAGCAAAAAAUUCCUUCUGUUAGUGGAAAUCUCCCACAGGAUCCAAGCCUCUUUCCCUACCACUUCUGCAGGGUUUCCAGUACCCCAAUCCUAUCCUUUGUUUUCGGCAACUGGGUUAAUGCUGCUACUGUGUAUGACACCAUUUUUGCCUGAAUUUCUUACUCUUUCUUUUCACCAGCUCCUUUCACUGUACUAAGGUUUCUUUUUUUUUGUUUCAAAAGGUCAGAUUAAAAAAAAUCUGUUUCUACUCCCCGUUUUAGCCAAAUAUAUUUUUCACAAGGUGGAGGAACAGAAUCUUUUUAUUCUCUCCCACCCCACCCCCAACAAACCUUUCUGUGGGGAGGUAGCUUAGCUUUACACCCAAAGACAAAAGGCAAACUUUGUGGUUUUGCUACUUUGUGGUAGAAUUCGGCAAAAAGUGGACAUUCCUACUUAAUGAGGACACCUCUGAUGAUGUUACAGAAAAGUCAGUAGUGUUAGCAAUAAAUUGUAUUUUUGUAAUUUGUCACUUUAACUGUGUUUAUAUUUAUGAAUUUUUUUUUUAAAAAAGUGUAUUCCUCAGUGGGUGUGUAUACCAAAGCGUCCCCUACUGUUAUGUGUGUUUCCAAAGGAAAAUAAUACUUAUAAAUAUUAGGGGCAUUUUGUUUUUUUAAAAUGUAUCUGUGCUGGACUUGCACAUUUUUAGACACCAGGCUCAGAAGGCAACUUUAAAAAGAAAAGACAAGUUGCAUUGAAGGGCCCAGCUGAUAUACAGAAUUUACUCCAUCCUUUGUUAGUUGUUAGGAAAAAAACGUUAGAAACCCUGUUUUUGGUUUCUCUGUUUCCCCAGUCCUGAUGUCAGAGUAGAUCCAGAUGAUAAAAAGCAUGGCUAUGAUCAUUCAAAUGCAUUUGUAGGUGUCGACAAUUCUCAGGUGGUAGCAGAUCAGUCACUGUGUACAGAGGCCUGCUUCUCAACCUUAUUUGCCAGUAUUUUCUAAACUACUGAUGCAACUGUGUGUAGUAUGUGUUAGUACGCAAAUGAAUUUCCUCAGCUGCUUAGAAGGGAAGUGGCUGUAGUCCUUAGUGGUGGCCCCGGUUCUGUAAAUAGAAUGCCCCUAGUUCAGCCCCUCAGGAUCUCCCGUUCUCUGAUUGGAGGUGUUGGUAAAGUCCUGGAGAGCCAUUUCCAGUCAGAAUAGGUGAUGCUGAGCUCAGUGGACCAGUGGCCUGAUUCAUUGUUGUAGAGAGAUGGCAGUGAGCUAGCUUUCCUCCUGCUUCCCACUGAUGAGAACGUAAGGACAAUUUGCCUUGUGGUGCUGUCUGGUACAAGGCAAAGCCAUAACUCUGGCAUUAAGAAAGGGGUAGAGGCAAGCUGAAUGAGCUGCGUUAUUUCCACAUCAGGACCAUUGGAGGAAGAACGGACCAGGCUCCUUUUACAUUGAUUCUCUUGCGGACUAUCCAAUUCAAAGCAGAAAAGCACCUGGUUUCUUAGGCUUCCUCCAUCAAGAUAAAUGAGAGCAACGCGGAGGAGGUGUUUGUCACAAUCAACAUGGAACUAAUUCUGCUAUUUCAUAGCUGACUGAGUUGUUAUAGCAUGGCCAAAACUCCUGUUUAAAAGAAUAACAUUUCCAGGAGUGUAGAAAUGUGUUGUUUUUACAGGUGUGUUAGGAUCGUUGAGGGCAUUAGGCACCUUAUUAAUAAAAUGCUAUUGUGUUCAGCUCCACACAGCAAAGCGCUGUAACCCUUUGAUAUUCAGGAGGGAAAGGGUUAACACAGCAUCAAGGUGACUAGCUUUGUAGGGAGCAGUUUGCUCUGUUAGGUAAUGUAUGGCCUAAGGAAGGCACCAUUAAACUGUGUUAGAAAAGGAUUUCACAGGCGCAUGAUAUAAUGCCAUUCUCGCCACCCACCCAGCUGAACACUGUGGUUCAUACCCUAUUGCUACAGAGGAUGGAGCGAAUAAUCCAUCGCACCAUCCUUCAGUCCACAGAGGUGGACAGCAGUGGGUUUUGGAGUGGAAAAGGCCACCGAAUGAGGCUGAAAAGAGUUCGUUUUCCUCUCACAAUUAGCUCACUAUUUUGUCCUAUUAACAGUUACUGAAGUCUUCCCUGUGAAUAAGAUGCACGGGCAGGAGAACUUCAGCUCUAGCAUUUAAUAGUGUCCACCUCUGCUCAGGCUGCACCUGCGAUUAUGACUGGGGAAAGGGAGGCAUCAUUUCCUCCUCAAAGCAUACCCUCACUGGCCAGUUGGCAUUUCUCUUCUGCCCCUUCCGCAGCCAAGCCUCCGUAGCAAUCUGGCAUCAGCAGUAACACCUUCAGCAUGCGGCAAAGGGAUGGCCUCAGCCACUGUAGACUAUUUCAGUCCUGCUUUAGCAAAGAAGGGCUAAGUAUGAGCAGGGAACUUGGGACUUGGCAGACAUUCUUUCAAACAGACGCACAGCCUUGUUCUCCCCUGUCCCUCCAAUUUUUCAUGUCUUUUAAGAGGCCAUUGAGCUCCUCUGUACCAUACGUUUUCAGUGAAACAUAAUAUCACCUCUCCCCAACUCUUAAUAACUAGAGAUGGGAACGAACCGGAAAAAACCCAAACCAUGUGGUUCGUGGUUCAUCAAAUUUCACGAACCACGAACCUGUCCUGGUUCACGAACUGGUUUGUUUGGUUCGUGAAAAUGUCACACCCAGGGCAGAAAAUCAUCACUUCUGGGCCAGCAGAAGGUCACUUCUGGUUAAGCAGACGGUCUACAGGAAGUCCAUCCCCCUGUUGUCUAGGAAACUGAUUGACUGGCACCAGGCUGUCUGCAGUGAUGAACCAAAAAGUGAACCAGCCUAAAAGUUUGUGGCGGUUCAUCAGAAAUGGGAUCUGACGAACCAUGGUUCGCGAACCAUGAACCGGCCUAGUUCGUGCUUAAUUUUGGUUCGUAUUUCAGUUCGUGCCCAUCUCUAUUAAUAACCCACAAGAAAUAAGCGAAAAAUUGUAAGGGAGUAGUAAAAUUAAUUUCAGAAAUGGCCUGUGUAAAACAUAACCAACCACUUGGUUGGCACCAGGGUUGGUGCUGAAGUUAAAUUUAACCAACCUUGGCCUCUCUGAGGCUGAUUUCCUGAUGUUCUAGCCCAAAAGGGCAAAGCUAGCAGGAUAGUUGUGUUUUUGCUUUCUCUUGCUGCUUGAUUUGUGUCAGCAAUCACCUUUAUUAUAUGAAUUAAGCACAGGCUGGUCCUCCCUCACAAGCCGCUUAUGCUUUGCCGGAUGGGGCUACAAAGUCAGGUCCUUAUGAUGGCAGCCACAUGUGCCUGAGGCAGAGGAGGAAAGAGGAGUCAAGUCCAAAAAUCGUAUUUUUAAAUAACCCUUUUGAAAAAUCUUGCUAUGUAUAUUUUAUUUAUUGGCCUUUCUAAAACCAUGCACUUUAUUAUUAAACUUUAUCCUUCAUAAAGUCUCACAUACACUACUGCCCACUGAAGUCACUGGCUGGUAUUGGUUCAGUCCUUUCAAUGGAGGGGAAACCUAUUUUCAAAUUUCAUUUUCCAUUUUUUUCUGAAACUAGAACCGCUGGGUCCCUCUGGCCUGACACUCACAAUGGGGAUCCUGCCAAGAUCAGAGACCCUUCCCUCAGGUUUAACAUCAUUCCAUACUUCGACAAUUGUCUGAGUUAGUGCAGAGUUGGGGCUUGGGGGGGGGGUCUGCCUCAAAAAUUUCCAAAAGAUAAUGUAAUGCCAUUCAGGGUAAUUUUGUAUUAUUUACAUGUGUAUUAACUAGAAUUUGUGAGGGCUUUUUUAGAGGGGGGGGGUGUAAUUUUCCAAUUAAGUGGCCUAAGGAAUGUGAGAGGGGAUUCUGCUGGUGAAAGGUUCUUGUUAGAGGAAGCCGCUAUAAACUCUGCCGUUUCUCAUCUACAGCAGGCUCAGCGCUUCCCUGUCAAACCUCACAGGGUCUGAUUAAAUUGCAGGAAAGCUACAGAAACGUUGGUCUGUCCUAGUUUUGUCAACACAAUUCCAGACUUUGGAGAACACAGGCACCUUUCCAAGUCUUGCACUUUUAAAAUGCAUUUUUGUACAUCUAUAAGCUAAAAGGCUGGUGGAUCUAGCCAGGUUGGCUUGACAAGUGCAGCCUAACCUAAGUUGUAUAUAUUGUGACAUAUUAACUAUGUAAAAAGGAAAAAAAGCAAACAAAGGCUUAGAAUUGAAUAUUUAGUUUAUUUUAUAUGAUGUCAAAUAUAGAUAAAAUUUAUAAAUGUUCCUAUUCAUAAAAGUAUUUUGUAAAACAGGCAGGGAAGGGGAAAGGAAGUGUCUUAUGGGGACAAAAAUGUGUAAAUCCUUGUCUGGAAUAACUUACACCCUCUGAAGCUCUGUUGGAUAAGAGCCAGCAUGUCUCCAUAUGCUUUAAAAGAUUGUACAUAUUAUUUUGGAAAGAAAAAUAAAACUGUACUUCUAAGAAAUCAGACCCCAUGGCUGCUGUCCUCCCCCCCCC